AUGGAGAACCGAAAGGACAUGGUUAUGUUUCUGGAUGGGGGUCAGCUUGGCACUCUGGUUGGCAAGAGGGUCUCCAAUUUGUCCGAGGCCGUGGGCAGCCCGCUACCCGAUCCAUCUGAGAAGAUGGUGCCCCAUGGUUGCCUCAGCCCGCGAGCCGGCCCUCCGGUGGCCCGGGAGCGCGGCGGGGCAGGUCCUGAGGAGGAGCCGGUCGAUGGACUAGCAGGCAGCGCGGCGGGGCUGGGCGCCGAGCCACGGGCAGCUGGGGCGGCCAUGCUUGGUCCGGGACCCCCGGCCCCCUCCGCCGACAGCCUUUCUGGGCAGGGGCAACCAAGUAGCUCAGACACCGAGUCGGAUUUCUAUGAAGAAAUCGAGGUGAGCUGCACCCCGGACUGCGCCACCGGGAACGCCGAGUACCAGCACAGCAAAGGGCCCAGCUCCGAGGCACUGGCCGGCAGUCCGAACAGCGGCAGCGAGGCCCCCAAGAGCAACGGUCCCGGCGGCGGGGGUGGGGGCGGCUCGCAAAGCACCCUGGCCUGCAGCGCCAGUGACCAGAUGCGCCGUUACCGCACCGCCUUCACCCGGGAGCAGAUUGCGCGGCUGGAGAAAGAAUUCUACCGGGAGAACUACGUAUCGAGGCCAAGGAGAUGCGAGCUGGCAGCCGCCUUAAACCUGCCAGAAACCACUAUCAAGGUGUGGUUCCAGAAUCGGCGCAUGAAGGACAAGAGGCAGCGGCUGGCCAUGACGUGGCCUCACCCAGCUGACCCCGCCUUCUAUACGUACAUGAUGAGCCACGCUGCGGCCGCGGGCGGUCUGCCCUACCCCUUCCCAUCGCACCUGCCCCUGCCGUACUACUCUCCCGUGGGUCUAGGCGCCGCAUCCGCUGCCUCCGCCGCCGCCUCGCCCUUCAGCGGCCCCCUGCGCCCGCUUGACACGUUCCGCGUGCUCUCGCAGCCCUACCCGCGGCCCGAACUGCUGUGCGCCUUCCGCCAUCCGCCUCUGUACCCGGGCCCAGCGCACGGACUGGGCGCCACGGCCGGCGGCCCCUGCUCCUGCCUUGCCUGCCACAGCGGCCCGGCCAACGGGCUCGCUCCCAGGGCUGCCGCCGCUUCGGACUUCACUUGUGCCUCCACCUCCCGCUCGGACUCCUUCCUCACCUUCGCUCCCUCGGUGCUGAGCAAGGCUUCCUCUGUCGCUUUGGACCAGAGGGAGGAGGUGCCCCUCACCAGAUAA